AUGUAUCACAACGGCACAGGCGCUAAUUCAAGCUUGAGCUCCAUUCCCUCAACCAAUUCGGUCUCUUCCUCCGUUCAAAGUGGUGUGAUUGCCUCUUCAAUAUCUUCAUCGUGGUCCUCCAGUGCACUAGUUUCACUUACCUCCUCAACCAGCAACUCAUCUACGAUAGAUACACGAUCCAGUACCCCCUCAGCGAUUUCUUCAGUGGCUCCUUUCCCAUCGAAUGAUUAUCCAUCAAUCAGAACAUCUACCACUCCUUCGGUAGGCAACACUGCAACAUUGGAAUUUGCGUCGAUAGGUUGUUUCAACGACCCUGCAGGAAAACCAUAUGAAGGACUCAAUCUCCCCAAAUUCUUCUCCAAAGAUUCAAUGAGCCCCAAACUUUGUAUUUCUUCUGCCCUAGCUCAAGUCACUGCUCAAAUCCCAUCACCUACCUACAAAUACAUUGCACUAGAAUAUGGACGGGAAUGUUACGCGGGAUCGGUGCCGCCAACCCCUGAACCAAGUAGUCUAACGGGAGCGCACGCGUAUACCAUGACUUGCAAGGGUGAUUUCAAGCAGAAUUGCGGGGGUCCUAAUAUGUAUGACUUUUAA